GACUUGUAUGCUGCUGGUGAGGGCAAGUUUGGCACAGAUGAGGAAAAAUUCAUCACAAUUCUUGGCAACAGGAGCGCAGAGCAUCUCAGAGAAGUGUUUGAUGCCUAUAAGAAACUCUCUGGCUCCGAUAUAGAGGACAGCAUUAAGGGAGAGACCACUGGGAAUUUGGAGGACUUACUGGUAGCUGUUGUGAAAUGUGUCAGGAGUGUCCCAGAGUUCUUUGCUGAUGGCCUGUACAGAUCUAUGAGGCGCGCUGGAACUGAUGACGACACCCUGAUGAGAAUAAUGGUGUCGAGGAGCGAGGUGGACAUGUUGGACAUCAGAGCCAUCUUCAAAAAGAAGUACGGAGCGUCUCUUUACAACACGAUCCAGUCUGACCCUUCAGGCCAAUAUCAGAUCUGCCAGCUACUUCCUGUUACAGC